CGCGCCCGGGCGGCCCGAUGGGGUAAUCGAGGGUUUCGGGGACGCCGAGCGGCACUUUCCUCUCCCCAGCGCGUGAGGGAGGGCAGUCGGCGGCUCUAGCGCCCGGCCACUUUCCCUGCGCGAUUCCGCGAGCUCCCUGCAGGAGGAGAAAGUCCCCGGCGGGUCCGGAUGGCGUAGUCGCGGCCGCCGCGCGCUGGGCGGGGAAAGUUUGCUCUGCGCUCCUCGGACUCGCCGCGAGUGGGUCUCCGCUCCACACGCCGCCUGCGAGGCAAUUUGAAAAUUACAAAGAGGGAUUUUAAGACCACUUCUGAUUUGCAAAGCCUGUCUGCUGACUGAAGAACAUCAGUCUGAGGUGACUGGACGAGACGCAGUGUUGGAGAAUUAAAAUGACUUCCCAGUGUGUGGUCACCGUGUUUGCCCUCAUGAGCUCCUAUUUAGCCACAGCAGGUCCGGAGCUCGGCAUCCGGUGUGAACUGUCGCCUGUCAAUGCCUCCCAUCCCGUCCAGGCCUUGAUGGAGAGCUUCACGGUCUUGUCAGGCUGCGCCAGCAGAGGCACAAUGGGGCUGCCGCAGGAGGUACACGUCCUGAACCUCCGCACCGGGGACCAGGGGCCCGGCCAGCCGCAGAGAGAGGUCACUCUGCACCUGAACCCCAUUUCCUCCGUACACAUACACCACAAGCCUGUUGUGUUCCUUCUCAACUCCCCGCAGCCACUGGUCUGGCGUCUGAAGACAGAGAGACUUGCCACUGGAGUCUCCAGGCUUUUCUUGGUGUCUGAGGGUUCUGUGGUCCAGUUUUCAUCAGGAAACUUCUCCCUGACAGCAGAGACAGAAGAAAGGAACUUUCCCCAUGGAAAUGAACAUCUGCUAAAUUGGGCCCGAAAGGAGUAUGGAGCAGUUACUUCAUUCACGGAACUCAAGAUAGCAAGAAACAUUUAUAUUAAAGUGGGGGAAGAUCAAGUCUUCCCUCCCACAUGCAACAUAGGCAAGAAUUUUCUCUCGCUCAACUACCUUGCUGAGUACCUGCAGCCCAAAGCAGCAGAAGGAUGUGUGAUGUCCAGCCAGCCCCGGGACAAGGAAGUACACAUCAUUGAGUUACUUGCCCCCAACUCGAACCCCUACAGUGCUUUCCAGGUGGAUAUAAUAAUUGACAUAAGACCUUCUCAAGAGGAUCCUGAGGUGGUCAAAAAUCUCAUCCUGAUCUUGAAGUGCAAAAAAUCAGUCAACUGGGUGAUCAAAUCUUUUGAUGUUAAAGGAAACCUGAAAGUUAUUGCUCCCAACAGUAUUGGCUUUGGGAAAGAGAGUGAACGAUCCAUGACAAUGACCAAAUUGAUAAGAGACGACAUUCCUUCAACCCAGGGGAAGCUGAUCAGGUGGGCUUUGGACAAUGGCUAUAGUCCAGUAACAUCGUACACAAUGGCUCCUGUGGCUAAUAGAUUUCACCUUCAGCUUGACAACAAUGAGGAAAUGGGAGAUGAGGAAGUUCACACCAUCCCUCCUGAGCUGCGGAUCCUGCUGGACCCUGGCACCCUGCCCGCCCUGCAGAACCCACCUGUCCGGCCAGGGGGAGGCCGAAUUGGAGGCCUCCCGUUUCCUUUCCCUGAUAUCUCCCAGAGAGGCUGGAAGGAAGGGGGAGAAGAUGGCCGGCCGAAGGACCCUGUCCUCCCCAGCAUACAGCUGUUCCCUGGCCCCCGAGAGCCGGAAGAGGUGCAAGGGAGGAUGGAUAUUGCCCUGUCAGUCACAUGUGACAAUGAGAAGAUGAUGGUGGCUGUAGAAAAAGAUUCUUUUCAGGCCAGUGGCUACUCAGGGAUGGAACUCACCUUGCUGGAUCCUACCUGCAAGGCCAGGAUGAAUGGCACCCACUUCAUUUUGGAGUCUCCCCUAAACGGCUGCGGCACUCGGCACGGGCGGUCAGCCCCUGACGGUGUAGUUUACUAUAACUCGAUUGUGAUACAGAUUCCUUCGCCUGGGGAUAGCAGUGGUUGGCCAGAUGGUUAUGAAGAUCUGGAGUCAGGUGAUAAUGGAUUUCCGGGGGACAUGGAUGAAGGAGACGCUGCCUUAUUCAGCCGACCAGAGAUCGUGGUGUUUAAUUGCAGCCUAAGGCAGGCGGGGACUCCCAGCAGCUUCCAGGACCAGCUCCACGGAAACAUCACCUUCAACAUGGAGCUCUACAACACUGACCUCUUUCUGGUGCCCUCCCAGGGGGUCUUCUCAGUGGCAGAGAAUGGACACGUUUAUGUUGAGGUAUCUGUUACAAAGGCUGACCAGGAGCUGGGAUUCGCUAUCCAAACAUGCUUUAUCUCUCCGUAUUCAAACCCUGAUAGGAUGUCUGAUUAUACCAUCAUUGAGAAUAUUUGUCCUAAAGAUGAAUCUGUGAAAUUCUACAGUACCAAGAGAGUGCACUUCCCCAUCCCACAAGCUGAGAUGGAUAAGAAGCGAUUCAGCUUUGUCUUCAAGCCCGUCUUCAACACCUCGCUGCUCUUCCUUCAGUGUGAGCUGACGCUGUGUACCAAGAAGAAGGAGCCCCAGAAGUUGCCUAAGUGUGUGCCUCCCGAUGAAGCCUGCACCUCUCUGGACGCUUCGAUGAUCUGGGCCAUGAUGCAGAAUAAGAAGACGUUCACCAAGCCCCUUGCUGUGAUCCACCAUGAAGGAGAACCUAGAGGAAAAGGUCCAAGCAUUAAAGAACCAAAUUCAAUUUCUCCACCGAUUUUCCAUGGUCUGGACACCCUGACUGUGAUGGGCAUUGCGUUUGCAGCGUUUGUGAUCGGAGCACUCCUGACUGGGGCCUUGUGGUACAUCUAUUCCCACACAGGGGAGACAGCAGGGAGACAGCAAGUCCCCACCUCCCCACCGGCGUCAGAAAACAGCAGCGCAGCCCACAGCAUCGGCAGCACACAGAGCACGCCCUGCUCCAGCAGCAGCACCGCCUAACCCAGCCCAGCCCAGCCCAGCUCAGCCACUACCAAGGGCAGGGCCUGAUGGCUGAGCCUCCAGGCUCAGGAGGCUGGAUUUUGGUCCCCUUGUAAAGAGAGACUGAACGUCAGUGUAAAGACCACCCAUUGUAUUCACCCCCCACCCAGGGCUAAUGUAUUAUAGAAUCCAGGUGAGAAAGCUAAGGUGGUGGCCCUUUCCACCAACCCUCACAGGCCUGGGGGUUUUCAAUGUGAAACACGUGCCAGUUUUUAAAAUGCUGCUUUGCCCAGGUGAGAACAUCAUAAUUUGGGGCUCUGAGUUUUACCUAGACUCAAGGAGCUGGUAAAAGGACAAUAGCCAGAUGGUAGAACCAGUGAGGAGAUGUAGCCAAAGAUUCUUUUAUAACUGAACCAAGAUAGAAAACAAAAGAAAUGCUUUAAGGCUCUAUAAGUGUUCCUCCGUGUCUAACUCUCACCUUCCUCCAGAGGCACACUCCUGACCUCACGGCCACACCCGGUGGGGUCUCACGUGAUGAGUGCUGCCCUGGGGACUGCAUCCUGACUUGCAUGGAAGCAACAUUCCUUCUUUAGAGCCCUGGGCCAAAACCAAUGCUGGUUACCUGCUCAGCUUCCUGUUUAUCCCCUUCUCCCACACACCGACUGCAAAAAAAUGUUUCCGUGCAAAUUUUGUAUUUUUUACAGGCAUAUAGAAAUUGAAACGGUCAAAAUCUGGUAGUACAGAUUUGUUCUGAAAAAUUGAUGGAUAAAUUGAGGCAAAAUUCCAUUGUAAAGUCAGGGAGGAAUUUGCCCAGUGAUAUAUUUGCGUGUGUGUGUGUCUGUGUGUGUAAGUACAAAUAUAUACAUGUCAUCUGGCACAUUCGUUUUCUCAGUUGAAGAAGAGAAAAUUCAUUCCCCUUUCAAAAAUAUUCUGUUUUCAGAGUUGCAACUUUUUUUUUUUUUUUUUUUUUUGAGACAGUCUCAUUGGGUCGCCCUUGGUAGAGUGCUAUUGCAUCAUAGCUCACAGGAACCUCAAACUCUUGGGCUCAAGUGAUUCUCUUGCCUCAGCCUCCUAAGUAGCUGGGGCUACAGGCACCUGCCACAAUGCUUGGCUAUUUUUAGAGACAGGGGUCUCACUCACUCAGGCUGGUCUAGAACUCCUCAGCUCAGGCCAUCUACCCACCUCAGCCUCCCAGAGUGCUGGGAUUAAAAGCAUGAGCCACCACACCUGGCUCAGAGUUGCAACUCUUAUUCUUAACUAUAUUGGGAAGAUGAAUGUUUCUACUCAAAACCUGUUGAUCUUCUUAAUAAUAGGCCCUUUUGUAGAAAAAUGCAAAUGCCUGGCAGAUCCCUUGGAUCCCAGUUGGGGUUAUCUGAAUAGUGUCACCAAUUCUGUGGAAACAGUGCUGUGAUAGUGAAAAGGGCACUCAUUUGGAUCACUUUAGUUCACUUGCCUUAAUAUAUAUCCCAAACUCAGAAAAGAUUUGAGGUGAAUUUUAUUAAACAGAAUAAUAUGCCACUUUGUAGCUAAAAUAAGCUUAGUGAUACCUCUAUGUUCAAAAAGAAUGCAGGGGAAACUUCCAGGCCGAAUCAUUUAUUGCCGAAGAUGGCUUCAUUACAAAUUAUUUAGUAUUCUUUUUCCAAACUCCCCCCAAAUGACUUAGAAUUUCAUAAGUAGAACAAAUUAGAUCUUACUGCAAAAUGUACAUAAGCAAAUCUCACUGCUCUUAAGGAAGCUGUGUCUGGUUCUCUGUAAAUGGAACCUCCAGUAGAAAAUGUUAAUGAAACCGAAACCUUAAGGCAGUGUCUACACAGCAAACAGGUAGGUGGAGAGUGGUGGUCGUUAUUGCCCAAUGUGACUGGUGUGAUGUAGACAUUCAAUGGUUCUAAUUUUAACCAAAACAGAUUACUUUAGGCCUGAGGUUUUUCAGUCUAUCAAUAUAUUGAUGUAUUGAAAAUUUUUCACAUAUCCCCAUAUGAAUGAAGAAGAUGGGAGGUUAGAGAAUUUGUUCCCUUUAAUAUUUUUUUUAAUAUAAAGGUAUCAGAGUGGAGGAUAUAGAUUACGCUACCUGUGUUUAAAAAUAAUGCGCUUUGCCUAACCUUCAGCAGAAUGUAUUGUCUUAGCAUAUUCUAUGUAUAAAAAGUUUAAAGAUGUCUUCAAAGAAGACAAAGAGUCUUUAAGUCACUUAUAGCUAUAUUUUACUACAAAAAAUUGUGUAUAAAGAUAUAUUUAAGUGUUUUAGAUAAAUUUAAGUUACCCCAUAUGAAAUGUUUAAUUUCAGCUACUGUGAAUUCUUUUGAUCAGACCUUUGCUCUUUUACCAACCCUUUUCCAUCUUGUUAAAAAGAAAAUUAGCUAUUAGGAGGUAUUGAAAGAUCACUUUCUUAGAUGGGCGGGGUUAAAACCUUCUGUAAUAUAUUUAAAUAUAUAUUUUUAAGAGAGAUGCUACAUUGCCAGUGAUUUUAUAAAUAAUUUAAAAUUAACAAAUUCAUAAAUGCAAACCAAAAGAUUUUUUUAAAAGAGAGAGAAAAAAAUUAUCUUUUAUUUGUUUGGGUCUCAUUGUCAGAAGUGUUAUUCAGAUCAAGAAAUCCAUGUUCAUGAAACCCAACCCCAUAUUGAAGAGUGAAUGUAUUUCUGAAAUGUUUCGAAAAGAAUCAAUGUUUUAAGAAUAGGGCGUUUUCUCCCUAGCUUCUCAUUGCAGCAUUUCUGAUUACUUCAGACUUCACAGUUUUAAUACAAAGUACAAGCUCUGCUUUAAUAACAUGCUGUUAUUCAAGUUCAAGUUUCUUUAAAAACUAUCGUUACAUUUCAGUGGAACCCAUCUAUCUGUCUGGUCUUCUGUUCUUUCUGCAGGCUCCACCCUUAAUUUGCAGAGGCCAUUUUGUUUUACUUGUUUGAUGCGAAAGCUGUGUUUGAAAUGCUUUAAACUCAAAGGCAAAUUGUCUGUGUGAUCUGCUAUAUUUUCACCAUGUGGUGUUUACCAGCUGGUACUCUGUAUUUUAAAAAGCCAGAGAUUCCUUCUAUCUAAACUGUUUCUAUAGCAUUUUCUAAACAACAAAAAAAAAAAACAUGGCCUUUUCCUUGUCUCGUAAUAAGAUUAUAAAUCUGUUUCCUGCACAUGUUCUUAGAAGGCAUGAUUGUGAGUGUGUGUGUGGGGCGCGUGUGCCAGCCUCUUCAUACUGUAACUACCUCAUGGUUUGAAUGGUGAUUGUACUGCUGGUUCUGGUAACAGAGCAUAUUUUGUUGGGUGAGUCCUGUACGUGAUUUUUUUUCCCUGUUUGUUUUAUCUGGGGGUUGUUCAUAAAACUGACAGAUGUUUUUCUUAAAAAGACUAUUAUCAGUUUCCAAAUACAAUACUUCUCUCUUCUGGUUUUUCCUGAAUGAGCCUGAUUUUGUUGCUGUUUUUCAUCAUGUAUGAGGGGUACAAAGAGUACCCUUAAAUUCCUGUGGCCAGUUGGAACACCCCUGCUGUAUCCUUUUUCCUGUUCAGUGUGUCAGCUAUUUCGUGAACAUGCUUAGAUGUAUAGUUUUGAUAACCACAGUUUUAAGUCCUUAAUCUGUGCAUAAUAAAAAGAUAUAUAUCAAUUAUUAAUA